UUAACCUAAGGCAUAAACUGCAGACACUUCUUGUUUUCAUUUCAUAAACAAAUGAUUGUUGUUGAUUUUUUCGAUUUGACAGUGGGAAAUGUAUGAAAUAUUGAUUUUGAAAGAAGGAUACAGCAUCAGAGAAGGGCCUGAUCAGCAAAAAGCUUGCGGCACUAUAACUUUGAUAAAGGGACCUAAAAAUACCAUAGUGGAUACUGGAAACCCUUGGGACAAACAGCUUAUUCUUGAUGGCCUUCAGAAGAAUGGUUUGUCUCCAGAGAAGAUAGACUUUGUUGUGUGUACACAUGGCCACUCGGACCACAUUGGAAACCUGAACUUGUUCACGAAUUCAAUCCACAUCGUUUCCAAUGACAUUUGUGUUGGUGACUCCUAUCAAUUGCAUGACUUUAAACAAGGUAUACCGUAUGAGAUAGAUGAUGAUGUUGAGGUCAUAUCCACACCUGGUCACACAGGAGCUGAUGUCAGUGUCGUGGUACGAACACACGAUAAAGGCAUAGUCACUAUAGCAGGUGACCUAUUUGAGCGCUUGGAAGAUUUAGAAGAUUAUACUUUGUGGCAGGACGCCAGUGAAUAUCCGGAACUGCAGUUGAAGAGUCGCAUGCACGUUCUACAUAUCUCUGACUGGAUUGUGCCUGGUCAUGGCCCCAUGUUUGCUGUGCCACAUGAGUACAGGCAGCAACCAAAGAUGGUGAUGUUCGAGUAUCAUAGCAGGAUGGAUAGCGAUGGGUCAUCUUCUGAAGUCAGCUCGUAUCACGUGAUUGAGGAAGAUUGAAAACUUGCGUUGGAUGUCAUGACAAAGAAAAGUUGAAUUCCAAAUGCAAUUUGAUUGAAUUUGCAAUAUUUGAGUCAUUGACUUUGUGAUAAACAAAUCACAAAUUAUUGAAUCUACACCAUUUUAGUGUUUGAAUAUGUACACUACAAGAUUAAUUGAAUUUAUAAUUUCUUUUGUGAUUGAAUUUUUGGUACAAAGGUGAUUGAAUUCGAAGUUCAUGUUUUGCACAAUGUCAUAUGCUUUAUAAUUGCAUGGAAAUUUCAAUGGUUUUGGGGUCUUACUCACUGUGUUGUGUUUAUCAGAAUCAUUUUUAUAGGUUAAUCCCAAGUGUACCUUUGAAACUAAUAGUUCUUACUUUUCUAACAUUCCACAAAGUUCAUUAUUAACUAGCUUGAAAUAAUGUCUGAUAGAUCAUUGACUUUAUGCAUGUUUUUUUAUCAGUCAAAUGUUGUUUAAAUAGUUUUCUGAACCUCAAACAAAAGAAAGUAACAUUUUGUUUGUCCUAAUGCAGCUGUAACUUACAUGUACAUGAAUUAGCUAUUGACCAAGCAAUUUUUGUAUAUCGAUACUUUGUAUGAAGCGUUCAUUUCAGCUUUUCACAAAAUGAUAAUAAGCAUGUACAAUGUAAGAUAAGAACAUUUACUAUAGUCAUCUGUAAUAUACAUACUGUGUUUUUACUAGAACACAUUAUGACUGCAAUGUUAAUGAUGUAAAGUGUUGCCAAAGUUUUCUUGGCUCCUUUAUGUUGUCCAAUAAUGUUGAAAGUGUAAAAUAUGCAUUAAGAAGGUUGCAUUACCUUUUCUGUUUGUGUUUUGUGCUUAUUCCUUUUAAAGCUCCACUCUGCCAAAAACGUAUGCAUGUAUGUUUAAUUACAAUCGUAUUGAAUAGAGUCCCUGGUUCACCACACACAGUAAUGUACUAUUUACCCCCGGUUUUGCACCUUUUAGAAAUAUUUUGUGUAAUGUUCACACGUUACUUAUUUGUGAUGAUGUUGUUGAUUUAAUUUUUGCCACAUAAAGUUAUUAUAAUAAACUUCCUUUCAUUCCUCACAACCAAAUCAGUGUGUUGGUAUUAAUAUAGUUUUUGCUUACAAAAUACACCUUAUCAAAAAGACCAUAAGUUUUAAACUGCUGUUGAUAAAAGCUACUGUUGUAACGUAUGUAUUUGUAAGUUAAUCAGUAUUACUUUUCUCUGAUUUAUAUAAACAUAAGUUGUUUUACCAAUGUUGCAGGGUUUGUGAUCUUUGAUGAAAUAAAUUAUCUAAAUCUA